AUGAUUUCUAGUCAAUUUCCUUCUUUAAGUGAUCUUUUAGAUCAACAUGAACUUAUAAAGGAUUCAGAAAGGGAAUGUAAUAUUAAAGGGAUUGAUAUAAUUGAUAUUGAAGAUUAUUGGUCUAUAUUAAUUACUGAUAGCCGUAUUAUUUUUCUUAAAGAUGCAGUAUUUAGUGAUGAUUAUACAAAAAUACCUAGCUCCUUUGGAAAGGUAUAUUUUAUAUAUAUAUCUUCUAUAAUUAUUCAUGCCAUUGCUUCUCCUGGUGAAUUAGAUCCUUGUUUCCCCUGUUUAUAUUUUCAGAUAGAAGAUAAUGUAGAUAUAGAUAAAGUUGUUGAAGUAAAGAUAUUUUUAAAGGAUAUAGAACGUGUAAGAAGAUUAUUUAACAUUAUAUGUGAAUUGUCUGCUUUAUCAAUUAUUGAAUCUUAA